CCCCGCCGAAACGAAGUAAAGCAUCCUGGGAUCUGUAGUUCCCUGUAGAACUGCUCCCUAUGUCCUUAGCGCGCCUGAACCUCCAUUCUCCCCUCCCCGCGACCCUUAGGUUUUCUCGCUUCACCGCUUUAGGACUAGGCAAUUGAAAUCCCUCGUCUGGGGUGGUGGGAAGACUGUAGCUUGGGUGGGACCGACGCCAGGGAUGGCGAAGCGGGAGCAUGGAGCAAGUGUCCGGGCUGCUUUCCUGGGCGCUGAGCAGAGUCCUAUGGCUCUCGGGCCGCUCUGAGCGGGGAGCUGCCCGGCAGCCCCGGAUCAUGGAAGAGAAAGCACUAGAGGUUUACGAUAUAAUUCGAACUAUCCGGGACCCAGAGAAGCCCAAUACUUUAGAAGAACUGGAAGUGGUAACAGAAAGUUGUGUGGAAGUUAAGGAGAUACAUGAAGAGGAUUAUCUGGUUAUUAUCAGGUUCACACCCACGGUACCUCAUUGUUCUCUGGCCACUCUUAUUGGGCUUUGCUUACGAGUAAAGCUUCAGAGGUGUUUGCCUUUCAAACAUAAGUUGGAAAUCUACAUUUCUGAAGGAACCCAUUCCACAGAAGAAGAUAUAAAUAAACAAAUAAAUGACAAGGAGAGAGUAGCAGCUGCAAUGGAGAACCCCAACUUACGGGAAAUUGUUGAACAGUGCGUCAUUGAACCUGAUUAGCAGCUUUUCUGAAAGUCAUUGAAUCAUAAUCAUUUGAUACAUUUGUUUAACUCUUUGUUAACUAGAAUACCCUUUUGUUUAUUACUCGGACAAUUUGUACCUCCAAGCACUUUUUUAAAAGACCAUUUCCCAAACAAGACUAUUAUGUUGAUGUAUGUAACAUUCUUAGGUUUUAUCACAUUUGGUGACUGGACAGAUGAAUAUUUUCUAGCUACUGUGGAUGAGACACAAGACUAUUUUUCAGGUGCCCUUUCUGAGACCAGUGUUCCUUUGCAGAUCAACUAGCCAUACUGUACACAGACAAAUCAGGCUUCAAUCAUUACUCUGUAAAAUAGAAAUAAACUGCAGAUGAUUCUUAUAACAAAA